CACUGUGUUGCGACGUUAGUAUCGUGACAUACUGUCGUAAGUGGUAUGAUAGAUAUAUUGAUCGAUGCAUAUUUUAUAUUCCAGGACACCCAAUAACAAUUUGAAAGUUCGACUUGGAGAGUGGGACGUUCGAGAUGCAUCAGAGCGACUGCUCCAUGAGGAAUACAACAUCGAGAGGAAAGAGGUACAUCCACAAUAUUCUCCUACCGACUUUCGGAACGACGUGGCUUUGGUUAAGCUGUCUCGGACGGUAGCUUUCAAGCAGCACAUUGUCCCGGUUUGCCUGCCGGCGAGGAAUUUGAAGCUCUCCGGCAGAACCGCAACCGUCGCUGGUUGGGGACGAACCAGGCAUGGUCAAACUUCGGCACCAUCCGUUCUUCAAGAAGUCGAGGUCGAAGUAAUACCGAACGAGAGGUGUCAGAGGUGGUUCAGAGCAGCUGGAAGAAGAGAAACCAUUCACGAUGUAUUCCUGUGUGCAGGAUAUAAAGAAGGUGGACGAGACUCUUGUCAGGGUGAUUCGGGUGGACCGCUCACGAUGUCGGUAGAAGGCAGACACGUUUUAAUCGGUUUGGUUUCCUGGGGCAUCGGCUGUGGUCGCGAACACUUGCCCGGCGUAUAUACCAAUAUCCAGAAAUUCGUACCUUGGAUCGAUAAAGUUAUGAGCUAAGCGGAGAAGAGAUAUUUCAGUUCCUUCGAAGGUUGUGGGUUGCUUCGCCCAAAAAAAAGGAAGAAGAAGAGGAACAUGCGAGAACGACGCGCACAGUUACCAAAGUCUUGAUUCAUUGUUUAAGAACUUUUGCGAUCGUACUCGAUUAUUCUUGAAUGACAGGCACUCUCUCGAAAGUGCUAAAUAAUAAUGAUGUUUGUUAUGGCGUUGUAUAAAGUAUAUUCAAAGCUGAUAAUGAAAAGUGACAAAAAUUACAAUCGAUGUAUCCCAACGAUCAUUUUGCUAUGCCAGGAAAAAGUUGUUGAGAUGUUGAUUAGUGGCAAUGAAUGGGAUAUUUGAUAGGAAGAACAUUUAAGCUGCUUGUAAGCUUCGUUGUUAUUAUUCAUAUCGCAAAUAAUUUAUUAUCAUACAUAU